GCCGGCGCAGGAGCCGUCCGGGCGAAUCGAGCUCCGGCACCUUGGGCCUUCGGGUUGUUUGUCUGUUGCGCAGCUCAUUCCCGGAGCCCGUGAGCCUCUUGGCCAACACAACUGACAGCGUCCUUCUGGAUUUACAGGACUUAAAGCGUCAGAAAGUCACCCAGCCUCUGGGCACCAACCGUCAGGCUCCUUUUUCCUCCUUCUCCCAGCCUCCUGCCCUCCCUGCCUCGGCGGCCACGCUGCUGAUCCUGGUGACCUGUGACCUAGGCGUGGGAACAGGACACUGGAAAGCCCCUUACUCCACCGCCAGGGAGCCGAGCCUCUGCUGGAAGGAAGACGUCUGUACGCGCGUUCCAGCCUGAGCUAACUGCCGUGGCACGAGAGAGCCCCUUGGAGCUGGGGUAGUAACCUGUUAAUGAAGCACCUUGUUUUGCGACCAGCGCUCCGUGGUCAGCGGGACAUCAAUGGCCCGACUUCCCCCUGGCAUCCGCUUCAUCAUCUCGUUCUCCAGGGAUCAGUGGUACAGAGCCUUCAUUUUUAUUCUGACGUUUUUGCUGUAUGCAAGUUUUCACUUAUCUCGAAAGCCCAUCAGUAUAGUCAAGGGUGAGCUGCACAGGUUCUGCACUGCUCCGAAUGAGGGUGAAGUCCAUUUCCACAGCCAGAGCCAGAAAGCAGGGGACACCGCACCCCACCGGCUCCCGGGCAAUGGGACUGACUGCGGCUGGGCCCCAUUUGACCAGGACAACUAUCAGCAGCUGCUCGGGGCCCUGGAUUACGCCUUCCUGUGCGCAUACGCCGUCGGCAUGUACCUGAGUGGCGUGAUAGGGGAGCGCCUCCCUAUCCGGUACUACCUCACGGCGGGAAUGCUGGCCAGCGGGGCGCUCACCGCCCUCUUCGGGCUGGGCUACUUCUACGACAUCCACAGUUUCGGAUUCUACGUGGUGACGCAGGUCGUCAAUGGACUGGUGCAGACCACCGGCUGGCCCAGCGUCGUCACCUGCCUCGGCAACUGGUUUGGAAAAGGAAGGCGAGGUUUGAUCAUGGGGGUCUGGAAUUCCCACACAUCCGUGGGCAACAUUCUGGGGUCCCUGAUUGCUGGCUUCUGGGUGUCCACGUGCUGGGGCCUGUCCUUCAUCGUGCCCGGGGCCAUCGUGGCGGCCAUGGGGAUAGUGUGCUUUCUCUUUCUCAUCGAACAUCCGAAGGACAUCGCCUGCUCCUCCACCCUGGUGAAGGGGGGCCGUUUGGACCACCCAGCACCAGGACCGGGUUUCCCUGGUCAGUGUCAUCACCCACUGCCCCACUUCCUAACCUCUCCGCUCACUCUGCUGCAUCCGAAAGCCUAUGAGAACGGCGCACACAGGUUUCGGCUACAGAAGCAAGUCCUGACCGACGAGAGGAGCAAGCCCCUGGACCCAGAGAUGCAGUGCUUACUGCUGUCGGACGGAAAGCACUCCGGCCACCAGAACCACGUGGUCAUUCUCCCGGCCGAUGGCGGGGGCGGCAUGGCCGCCAUCAGCUUCACUGGGGCCUUGAAAAUCCCUGGCGUGAUAGAGUUCUCUCUGUGUUUGCUAUUUGCAAAGUUGGUCAGCUACACUUUCCUCUUCUGGCUUCCGCUGUACAUCACAAACGUGGAUCACCUCGAUGUCAGGAAGGCCGGGGAGCUCUCCACCUUGUUUGACGUGGGCGGCAUCUUCGGUGGGAUCCUGGCGGGUGUGAUCUCAGAUCGACUGGAGAAAAGGGCCUCCACCUGCGGCCUGAUGCUGCUGCUCGCAGCCCCGACGCUGUACGUAUUCUCCGCCAUCAGCAAAAUGGGUCUGGAAGCCACUGUAGCCAUGCUGCUGCUCUGCGGGGCCCUGGUCAGUGGGCCGUACGCGCUCAUCACCACCGCUGUCUCCGCCGACCUGGGGACUCACAAAAGCCUGAAAGGAAACGCGCAUGCUCUGGCCACCGUGACUGCCAUCAUCGAUGGGACUGGGUCUGUAGGGUCGUGGUUGCUUUGGCGAUUCUAGGACCGGCUGGCCUUCUUAAAAUACAAGCAGAUCAAAAGCACGUCGAAACCCAGGGGACACAGGCAGGUGGCACUCUGGUCCUCUUUGGUCGGAUGGCUCCAGAGGAGGUAUGGGCGUGUGGCCAGAAGGACAGGUUUUCCUUGGUGUGAAAGGACCGUCCGCGGGUUUUCAUCUGAGCCAGUGAUUGGCGAACUAUGGCCCACGGGCCACUGAGACACUGACUGUUAGUCACUGUUAUUCCAAUGAGGACAGCAUCUUAACUCAAACAUGAAUGACAGGUAAACUGCUGGGUCCUGAAGCAUACAAGAUGCCCAUCUUUCCAGCCCCUGAAGGGUCUUGGAGAGGACACAGUAGCAUAUGCUGGAGGAAAGAAAGGGGGUGAAAUGAACAUCUCACCCCCUCCCCGUCCCCGAGCUGGGCGGCCGGGACCUGGUACCCAGCAAGCCUGUCCUGAUCAGUGAGUCUGAAGGCUGACAGCGGCGUCCUUGACUGUCCCCAGCCUCACGUGAGGAGCAGGUGCACUGGGACGGCCCUUGGCUCUGCCUGCACGAGCCCUGCCUGCCCGGCCCUGUGUUGUGUGCCGGCCCCUCUCUGGAGACGUGGGACCUGAAGCUCGGGGGGCCGCCUACUGUGGCCCCCACGGCUGCUCGGGAGGCUCUUGGAUGGCAUGCUGGUGUGUCCCCGCUGCCCCAGGCUCCUGACGCAGGGAGGCAGUGAGAGAGCAGGCAGGCCAGGUGGGGAGGGCCCUGGGUCUGGAGCAGCUCAGAGCAGGGAAACCCAACGCUUGCCAGACGACGGCGGGUCUGUGGUGCAGGUCCCCCCAAGCCCGGCCUUCAGGCUCUCCUUCUGCACCAGGAGAUGCCUCUGUCCUGUCUUCCUGAGGCCCAUCAUCCGAGCCACGUAGAAACAGCCCCGGUCCACUUCUAGACACCCACUGCUGUCUGACUGAUGCCAGGACUGAAGUCCUCCCCCCAACCCUGCUCUCCUCCUGCUACCGCCACCCGGCCUCCCGGCUGCUCCCCAGAAACUCGCGCCUGGUCCCCAUGGGCCUCAGCUCGCUUCCCGCCACCACCCCCAUGCUGAGGGAGGGGCUCCACCCACAGAGAGUCUUCACCCAGGUAUCAGCCUCUCACUGGGACCCCUCACCCACCCCGUUUGGGUGCAUGGACGCUCCCCACGCAGGCUCAGGGACUCUCCUCUGGUCCACUGUCCUCCAGGCACCAUCCUCCUGUCUUGUGCCAUCCUCUCUCCCUGCAGCUUCCAGCAGAGUGGAAGCCCCGCAAGGACAGGAGCGAUUUUGUUCUCUGCUGUAUUCUCAGCACCAAGGGGGAGGCCGGGACAGAGCAGAUGCUCAGGAGGAGGGUGAGGAGGGAACUACCUGGCAGCCCUGAGACUCAGGACUCGCCCACAGGCCAGGCAGCUGGUCUCUUGUCCGGCUACUGGGUUCCCGGGUGAGGGCUCGGGUCACAGAGGCCCUGGGCGACCCACUGCCCACCCGGCUCGCCAGGACAGGCCCGCCUGCCUGGGGUGGCGGGUACCCCAGUCCCUGCUGGUGCCACACUAUGUUAGCAAGAAGCUUCCCAAGCCUGGAAGCCGCGCAGCAGGGGGAGCCCUGGGCCGAGCGCGGUUCUCGUGGGCUCUGGACAGGACAUUUCUCUCUGCUUCUGUCCCACACAGGCCUGUCUGUGGGUCAGUCCAGCUCCCGCUGAGAAACCCUUUUCUUAAAGCAAAUUUGGAGCUUGGCUGGGGGCCCUGAUUGCAUUUUAAAGCAGAGGAGUGGGGGUUAAAAUGAAGGAAAGUAUGAAUUAGGGAAAAACACAUUUUUCUUGAUAUUUUUCUCAGAGCUAGAGGGAAGCAGAAGUCUGUGGCUCGGGGUGUCCUGCGUCUGUAAACGGGGCGGGCUCUGAGCCGGUGGCGGGGCACGGCUCCCAGCACCCCCACGGAAGCCGGGCGGCUCAGCCCCUCUGACCUCUCCGGCGGCCGACGGGGAGACGGCCUGGUUCUCUGCGGGAGCGCUGCCCAGCUGGCGGAAGCAAAGCCGGGCUCGGGUGGAAACGUGCGCAGUUCCCCGCAGGGCUGCUGUCCACCGGGGAGUUCGCCCGCUGUGUUUACUAAGUAUUGGAAUUACCGGUUUCGAUGGAGGCGAAGCUUGACUACCUGUAAAUAAGCCAGGGCCCUCUCGCAAGUCACCAGGGCCAGCCGGUCCCGGUGACACAGGUUUAUCUGCUGGGCGCCUUUGUGGGAUUAGAGCCGCGCCCCCGCGGCCGCAGGGCUUGCUGGCUCCAUGUUUAUGCAGAGCAGUUAGAGAGCCCAGAACUUCUUCAAGGUCAUUUUCAUUUUAUCAAAGUAAAGCAUAACGUAACUUUAGAAACCAGAUAGACGUCAAAACUUAUCAUAAUGCAGAAUGGCAUUCCCGCCCCCACCCCCCAGCCCCUCUUUCUAGAAGCCGUCACUGCCGGCUGUGCUCUCUCGUCUCCUCCAUGCACGGUCACAUGUUUCUUGACCUUCCGUGUUGUCCUCCUGGUGAGGAAGGUGCGGCCCCUGCUCCGUCCCUGUCGGCUCCUUCACCACCCUGUCUCUUUAAUGUCGCUCACUCUUGAGCCAAGAAAUAAACCUUAACUACACAUC